AUGAAAUACAUUGUAUUGACGCUCUGUCUAUACAUGGCUCAUGUGGGCUGUCAGCAGCAACAACAUGAGCAACGCAUGCCGGCCAUUGCUUCUGUCACUGGGAGUCAUGAUGGCCAGUUACCGGAUCAAGAAAUGGCAAGUAGUCAAGAAUCAGUUGUCGUAGUACCACUUUCCCAUAUUGACAGUAGUUUGCCGUUUGAAUCAUUCAAAUCAUUUACUUACAUUCCUCCAAAUGCAAAUGCUAGUACUGCCAUCAACAGUAUGGAGCCCACUGCUACAGUAAGCCACGUGGAGCAGCCAAUCCACGCAGCAGCACAAGCAAUCGUUAGUCUGACUACGGCAUUUACCGAUGCUGCUAGCCAGAGCACGUCUACCAGCGAGAGUAGUGCGAACCAAAUCAAGGCUGCAUCUGCUUCCAACAUCUCGCCAAUGUCAUCAUCAUCCGCAUCAGACACGUCUCCUGAACAGGCAAACCCACCACAGAGCGAUACUUCUGUAUUAGCAACGGUCGAUAUAAAGGCAGAUGCUCAAAUUUCUCCCAAAACAAGCAUGGAUCAAGCUACCAUUCUACCAAACAAUCCAAAUCCCAUUCCUCCACCUGCUGACAGCGAAGCCCCCCCUCCACCAGCACCAGCACCAGCAUCUCCUCCUACUCCUCCUCCUCCUCCUGCUGCUGCUGAUAUUGCUGCUGCUGCUAUUGGUAUUGGUGCUCAAGCAAACAACAAGGCCACAGUAGCAGCACCCAAUGCAGCAGCCAGCGUUACGACGGUAACAGCUACAGUGACCAAAUCUAUUACGGAGACAGCUACAGUGACCUUGUCUUAUGAAGAUGCAGCUGAAAAACGUAUGAAAUCAUGCUAUCGAAAGAACAGAAAGGUACCCUUCUCGCAGUACUGGAUUCCUAAAGAGAAUGAAUGGGAUGAAACAAACAACGGCAAGCGCGUGUUUUUGGGCGGCAAUGAAAAGGUAAAAUUGAAUGAUGAACACAACCAACCUUUAGGUGAAGUUGCGGUUCAAAUGUACGAUAAAUGCAAAAUGGAGGGCACAUGCUUAUUGGAAAAUGGCGACUUGAUCAACAUUGAUAAUACUACAGACAACUUUAUCAAAGUGGGUGGCCGUGGACGCGAGCAUAACGUGUUUGGUCUAGGGUCUGGAGCUCAAAAUUUAGUGCCAUAUAUUAGUGUCGCUGCGAAUGAUCUUCCUUACGGACAAAAGCUAUAUAUAUCUAAAUUGGAUGGUGUAGAUUUAGGAUACGGAAUCAAGCACAAUGGCUGUGUGCGCGUCGAUGAUGAUAGCUGGUCUUUUGAAUCCUGCCAAAUCGACUUUUUUGUUCUGUCGUAUGUAGAUUACUUGUGGUUAGAGUUGGAUGACGAGGUUUCCAUCAAAUUCGCAGAUUGUGAAUUGAAGAAUUACAUUACACCUCAGCAUUUGGCGCUUGUCAAGGCUACAUCCAAUGAAGAGGUCAUACCCUCAUUGAUGAGCGCUACAUACAAACAGUAA